CAGUCACUUUCUCAAAUAUCUAUCAAUUGUAUUCAGUUGCUACUACGCCCCAUGGUAAAUGUAGUCCUGUCCCUUUAAUAAACCUCAUUUUGUUUUUUUGUAGGCGGGUAAGGAAGCAGACUUGAAGACUAGCGUUCAUGUAUUAUUAUUUAGUGGCCGGAGCCGACUGCUACUUUGCGAUACGUUAACGUGUUGGAUAAGUUUUAUUGCCUCCUCUUUCUUUCUGUUCCAAACAUUAUGAACCGGGCACAACUAAAACGGUCGAAAAUCCUCAGGAUGGCGCUCGUCGGGUCCGACUCAAUGAAUCGGGACGGGGAAAUGGACACAUUUCUACUGACAGCUAUCAAAAUAGCUUUGGUGGUGGCUCUGUAUUGGUUUGUUUCAAUCACCAUGGUUUUCUUAAAUAACCAUUUGCUUGACAACACUGAUCUCGAUGCUCCUUUAUUUGUGACCUCCUUCCAGUGCCUUAUUACGGUAGUGCUUUGUUGGUGCUUGAGCCUUUUGUCUCGAUCAUGUCCAGGUGCGAUUGACUUUCCAUCGGUAAAAUUCGACUACAAGAUCUCGAGAGAGAUAUUGCCUCUGUCCGUCGUGUUUGUCGGAAUGAUUGCCUUCAACAACCUGUGCUUGAAAAAUCUGGGAGUCGCGUUCUACACUGUUGGGAGAUCACUCAGCACAGUCUUCAACGUUAUCCUUUCCUAUGGGAUACUCAAGCAAACCACGUCAUUCCACGCACUUUUGUGUUGUGGAGUCAUUCUUGGGGGCUUCUGGUUGGGUGUCGACCAGGAAGGGGCAGGAGGGUCUCUCUCCUGGUCUGGCAUUAUUUACGGGAUACUGGCAAGCAUGUGCGUGUCUCUCAACGCCAUCUACACUAAGAAGGUGCUGCCGGUGGUGAACCACAGCAUAUGGAAGCUAUCCUACUACAACAACCUCAACGCCUGCUUCCUGUUCAUCCCGCCAAUCCUGGUGUUCGGCGAAGUGCCCAAACUGUGUAAUUUUAGCAGGCUGUCCGAUUUGAGUUUCUGGGGCAUGAUGACCGUGGGCGGCGUGUUCGGCUUCGCCAUCGGCUACGUCACGGGCCUUCAGAUCAAAUUCACGAGCCCGCUGACGCACAACGUCUCCGGCACGGCCAAAGCCUGCGCGCAGACGGUCCUCGCGGUCGCGUACAGCGCCAGCGCCAAGAGCGCCCUCUGGUGGACGAGCAACACGAUGGUGCUGGCCGGGUCUUUCGCCUACACCUGGGUCAAAGGAAGGGAAAUGAACAAGGUGCCGACGGAAACGCAGACGAAAAUGAAAACGGAGAAAAACGACUCCGGCGUAUAGACCUGUCCCUCAAUCAAACCGCAGGGAAAGAACAUUGCUAAAGAGUUGGCAAUAUUGUUUUUAAGGCUGAAGGCAAGUUAUUUUGUCAGUGCAAUAUGUGUACGGAAUAAGUGUGUGGAACUGUUCCAGUUGCCGUGACUGAAGAGGCUGUUGUCUUUGUUUUUGCAUUUUUUCCCCAACUAAGCUCAUAUUCUUUUAAGGAAUUCAUGUGGACCAACUUCAAACCAGGAGGCAAAGGAAUGUAGGGCAAUUCUCAUAAUGACAAAAAAAAACUGAUUAAAAUAUCAUUCACCACAUAUUUGUGACUGGGGGCGGAAAUUUGUGUUGAGGUGUAUGGGAAAAAGUUAGAAUUUGGGAAAGAAAAGACUGCAAGUAAUGAGAAAGAUGUUUUGAUGGGACCUUCAGGGAACCUCCAAGCCAGUGGACUUUACCAAGUUAAUGAAUGAUUUACAUGAGGUAAAAAAUUUCCUCAGGUGUUCUUUUUCCAUGUAAUGGCACUAGUCCUCAUAUUGAGGCCUGGCGUCCUCUAUCAGAGUGGCUCAUUAUUUUGUUUCCACAUUGGUGUAAAGGAGGUAAACACACAUUUUAGAAAGUGUUUUUAUAGCUAGUAUUUGUUUUGGACAGUAUUUGUUUACACAAAUGACAGUAUAAGACUUAAAAAAAAAAAAAAAUUUAACAGUGGGUGGAAAUCCAGUGAGUGGCACUGGAAGCCAAGGGCCACAAACUGAAGGCUGUAUGGAUUUGCUAGUUUAACUGAAUGGAUCCAAAUAGCUGUUUUCCUAUUUUCAAACGCUAAUGUAACCUGUGGCAGGUUAUUUAUUUUUAGAAAGUGCAAACCAAAUAUAGUGUGUGUGUGUGUGUGUGUGUGUGUGUGUGUGUGUGUGUGGAUAACUGAAUUACAUAAUUAAAUUCAUAUAUUUAAAAAAAAAAAUUUAGUUUAUAAGCUGAUAAAUUACCUUUUUCCUAACCAAUGGUUGUUAGUAGUCUCUGUUUUUAAUUGGUCACAACACAGUUGCUAUGCAGGAAAGGUCUUUGUGAAUUGAUAAACAAAUUGUGUGAUUUUGAAACUCCAGGCAAUGUGUUACAAGGAACCGUCGAAGCUGUGCUGGAGGUACAGGUUCAAAGCAGCAGUCUCGUUAUUUGGACAUUAGUCACGUUUUCAGCUAACAAAGGAGAAAAUGUACAGGGUUAUUUUUAACAUUUAAAGGAGGACAACCUCUGCACGUUUUCUCCAUUGCAAAUUUCAAAGUUUGUUGAAAGUGCUGAACUUUCAGUCAAAGACCUUGUCACAGAAACACAAAUUUUGCCUGUCCCAGUGGUUCUCAACAGCGGUGUCCGGAGCCCAAAUGGGGGCCCCAGGGAGCUGCCAGGGGGCUCUUGAGAUGAUAGGAAAUUACUGAAACUUCAAUCACAAAGCAUCAUGACUUGAAUACUUAUUCAUCUAAAUCUGUAACACAAAGCAGGAAAUAAACAGUAUAAUAACCUUUUCACUUUCUGUAGAUGUUGCAUGAAUGGAGAAAAGGAAAUGCUUUAGUGGGGGGUCAAAUUGAAUAAGCUUGAAUAAUUUGGAGUGUCCUCCCUAUAUGGAGAGCGUCAUUCAGUGAGAACACCUGUGGUUAAUCGGCUUCAUAUCCAUAUGUGCACAUAACAUAAAUGACAACUUUAUGUAAGAUUGUGUUCAUUUGUCUGGUUAAUUUUGAUCCCCUAAAAUGGGGGGGACUAUGUACAGAAAGGGCUGUAAUUCCUUAAUGGACCACUUUAUAUGGAUGUUAAUACCCUGAAAUUCAGGCUGACAGUCUGUGGAGCACAGAGCCAAAACAACAAAAAAAUGUAUUGUUGUCCAAAUACUUACGGACUCCACUGUGUGUAUGUAUGUAUGUAAACAGUGAGGAGUAUAGGCUUAUGUCCAAAAUGUGAAAAAAAUACAAUAAAUUAAAAAAUGCAAUUCAUUAAUUCCAAUGCAUGGGAAAUCAUCUUUAUUGAACAACCCCGGUGAAAUAAAUGAGCAACAAUG